AUGGCCGUGGGAAAGACAGAGAGAUGGAGAUACAGAGAGAGAGAAAGAGAGGCCAAAAGGCAGAGGGAGAAAACAUGUCGCCGAAGUCAAAGGGAUCAAGAGUUGCUUUGCGAAUUCGUGCGGAAAUCUUCUACGUGUGCGGCAUGA